AUACAGGUUUCCUCUCUCCCACACUAGCACUGAGCACUCUGCAACUUCUCGGAUCAAAAUGAACUCCAUUGCGUUCAAAUCCUUCACCGGCCUCCGCCAAUCCACUCCGGGACAACCCCAACACAUCCCCCAAACAACCCCCAUCUCUCGCCCUCUCCGUCGCCGUCUCCAGAUAACCUCCAGUAAGACCAGCCCCAAGCUCUCUAACCGCAACCUCCGUGUGGCCGUGAUUGGAGGUGGACCCGCCGGAGGAGCCGCCGCCGAGGCACUCGCUAAAGGUGGCAUUGAGACGUACCUCAUCGAGCGGAAACUCGAUAAUUGCAAGCCAUGUGGCGGAGCCAUCCCUCUCUGUAUGGUCGGCGAGUUCGACCUCCCGUUGGACAUCAUAGACCGCAAAGUUACCAAAAUGAAGAUGAUUUCCCCCUCCAACAUCGCAGUUGACAUCGGACGAACCCUAAAGCCCCAUGAGUAUAUCGGUAUGGUGAGGCGCGAAGUGCUCGAUUCGUAUCUCCGUGAAAGGGCAGCGAGUAAUGGAGCUAAAGUGAUUAACGGGUUGUUCUUGAAGAUGGAUUUGCCCAAAGAAGACGACGGAACGGUGCCCUAUGUGCUGCAUUACACAGAGUAUGAUGGGAAAAAGGGCAGCACUGGAGAGAAGAAGACCUUAGAGGUUGAUGCGGUAAUUGGGGCUGAUGGGGCCAAUUCUCGGGUUGCCAAGUCCAUUGAUGCUGGUGAUUAUGAAUAUGCCAUUGCCUUUCAGGAAAGAAUCAAGAUUCCGGAAGAUAAAAUGAAGUACUAUGAGAACCGGGCAGAGAUGUAUGUUGGGGAUGAUGUCUCCCCCGACUUCUACGGCUGGGUCUUCCCCAAAUGCGACCAUGUAGCUGUGGGUACUGGUACAGUGACUCACAAGGCAGACAUUAAGAAGUUCCAACUAGCUACAAGAAACCGUGCAAAAGACAAGAUACUUGGUGGCAAAAUAAUAAGAGUGGAGGCUCACCCAAUACCAGAACACCCACGGCCACGCAGGUUAUCAGGAAGAGUAGCCCUUGUUGGCGAUGCAGCUGGGUACGUCACAAAAUGUUCGGGUGAAGGUAUCUAUUUUGCGGCGAAGAGUGGAAGGAUGUGUGCGGAUGCAAUAGUCGAGGGGUCGGAGAAUGGCAAGAGGAUGGUAGAUGAGAGUGACUUGAGGAAGUACUUGGAGAAGUGGGACAAGACAUAUUGGCCAACUUACAAAGUGCUGGACGUGUUGCAGAAAGUGUUCUACAGAUCAAACCCCGCAAGGGAAGCAUUUGUAGAAAUGUGCGCGGAUGAGUAUGUGCAGAAGAUGACCUUUGAUAGCUAUUUGUACAAGACAGUGGUUCCUGGGAAUCCAGUGGACGAUUUGAAGUUGGCGAUCAAUACCAUUGGAAGCUUGGUGAGGGCUAAUGCACUAAGGAAGGAGAUGGAGAAGCUUAGUGUAUAAUGAAGACCAUUUAUAUCUACGUAAUCAACUAGAUUGCAGCUUCGCAUUUUGGAAUCAAUGGAAUGCUGUAAUCUACAUAGGUAAAUAUUGGACCAUUUUGAAUGGUUUCAGUUUCUAAUAUGGUCUGGAUUGUAGUUUCAUUGAGAAUUCAUGAGUUGGUAGCCUUAACUUGUUUGCCUUGAUGACGAAUUAAUGCAAAGAAGAGUCUCCUGCUUGGAUUGAUCUGGAA